UCCAGCUUCCCCCAGGGCCAUGCACUCCUUUCACUGGAAUCUCAAUGCUGUCACGGCACUGAGGUCAGAAUGCUGAAAUAAAGGAAGGGCCAGGUCCAGUGGUCAAUGUUUCUGGUGGUAACCCUUAUACUCCUGCCUCAAAUCAAGUCUUUGGCAUGCAUUCUCCAUUGCAUGUAGCUCAUUUGCCUUCAGACGGAGUGAGGUUAAAGAAUGUGCAUGUGGGAACUGUGGAAGUUUUGCCCCAGCAAUUUCUCUGGGUAGGUCAGAACCUAUGGAGUCAGCCAGCUGUAGCCGGCACCUGUGUUUUUGGCUGAAAGGCACUGAACUGAUGGACCCCGCCUCCUUCCCCGCUCCUCCUCUAAUCUUGGUUUAACACCGCAGCACACACAGCUGUUAAAAGCUCACAAUCAACGCAGAAAGAAAAGAGCUAAAGGCAAAGGUUAUUUUUCAUCAAGAAACAACUCGGAGCCCAGUCAGAGAGGGACUUUGAUCCUCAGGGGUAGAAUUGCUGAAGCCCGGCUCUGCGCAGACGUUAGGAGGAGAGGAGGAGUAUAAAGUCCAAGCCCAUUCCAGUGGUAAACUACUUUCUACAGAGUCUUUUUCCUUCAACCUUUUCCUUGGAAGGAUGCAGUCUCAAGACACAGGUGUUCAGUACAGCAGGUGGAACAACAGUAGCUGUGAUGAAGUCAGUGUGAACACAUCCACUGCCGAGGUGUCAGGAUGUAAAAGAAUUUACAUGAAGCUGUGCACUGGGAAAAUCGGCAUUGCAGUUAAAGUGAUUGGAGGAAACAUCCUCUUCUGGAUGGUUUUUGUCAUUGGCUAUGUGACAGGUUACUAUGUGCACAAGUGCAAGUAGAAGUAACAGUGAAAUUCACCGGCAGGACCCAGACCUGGAUUUCUCUGGUGAGGUAAUCCCAAACCUCCCUGUCCAGUUCCCACCCCCAAUCAGGCAAGUCAGCCAGCAUGCAUGCAAGAUGCAGGAAUCUUCACUAUGUGUCCUAUGAGCACACAAAGGGAACCAUCAGGAUUAGGGAGGUGCAUAGGAUGAGUGCUAGAUGCAGCACUUCUUGCUGCCUACGAGAGAACUGAUUGUCCAAUCUCAGCUGAAAGCACAACAAAAGCAGAGGAGGAACUAGAAAUGGAUGUGCUCUCCCUCAUGAAUCAGCAAAAUGUGCUGUUUCCAAAAUCUGUCACUGCUGCCAAAAUGCCCUAUAUUGCAAUAAGAACAGCUUCUUGGUCCUGCGGUUUCCAUCCCUACCCCUUGUGACACACCCAUCAGCAGGGGAUCUGGGUACUGGUUUUGCAUGGGCAUGUUUUCUAUGAGCUUCUUAAUGGCAUCUGCAUAUCUCCUGGCACAUCUGUAUGCAUGUGAAAACACCUCUGUUUUGUGAGCACAUAAUGGGUAGUUGUGUGAGCAAACCCGUCACUGGGCACCCAACCCAUUUGUGCACGUGAUUAAAGUCUCCUGCAUGUGCAAUCAAAAUUCCUUAGCAGUCACUGGAGCCCUUUGUUGAUCAGUGGGUCAACACACCCACUUCUAUUUGACUAUGACUUUUCAGGAGCAAGGUGCUGCUCCCUUACAUUUGGGAUCUUUCUCUUUUCAAGCCCUUAUUUCUACCCCUCACUUUACUAGAGGCUGUGAGUGCCAUGCCUGGAUUCACAGGACUUGCUGAACUAACCUUUGAAACUUCUUUAUGCUCCAUCAGUCAUGUCAGCCAGGAAGAUUAAAGGCUUUUGCACACAACCCCUCUACUAACUCUUCAGGAAGGCUGCAUGCCAGGUUCCCAGUGUAGUUGGGUUCAUUAUAAACCAGUGUGAUGGGAACCUUUAUUUUAAUCAGCACCUCACUGGCUUCACCCUGUGAAGGAACCUGUUGCUCUUUGUAAUCAUGUUAAUGUUUCCUUUAGAAAGCUCUUUUCAAGGCAGGGCUCUCACACAGACUGUUUUAUAGGAUUUUCAAACUGUGCGGCAGGCAUGUAAAGUUCUGUAUAUUUCUGCAUCAGAGUCAAAUUAUUUUAAGCAAUAAAAAGCAGAUUUAAAGGCAAUAGGCUGCUCAUGUCUCUGAUCAGUGCUGGAAUAUGUCUCUCAAUGGAAAGGCAUAUACAGAGGAGAACACUGAAGUGUAUCUUGCUGUCUUAGACUCAUUUCCUGUGACUGCAGUUUGAAUAGGAAGUGUCAGGGAAAUAUACUCUUGGGGCAGCCUGGAACUGUUCGUUACAUAUUUGGAGGUAAUUGAAGUUCAAGGGCUCCCCC